ACUCACAUCAGUCGGAUCGUAACUAUUCCGCAGGAGCAGAUCGAAAUCCACUUCACUAUGAAGACCAUCAUCCUAAUUGCCAUCAUCGCCUCUGUGGCUUCGCCUAUUUACGCCGAGGAGGCUGUUGAAGUAAAGAAGCAAGAGAAGAGAGGAGUACUGGGUCUGGGAUAUGGUGGUUACUAUUCAGGACUUGGAGCUUCGGGACUUGGAGGCUACGGAGGCUAUAGAGGUAACACGAAGUGAC